AUGCUCUCCAGUCUAUCCCCCCACCUCUCCAAUGUCCGGCAGACGCUCACGCAAGUCCUCAAUUUCGCGCUCGUCCUCUCCACGGCCUUUAUGAUGUGGAAAGCCCUCUCGAUCUACACCAAUUCGUCGUCGCCGAUCGUGGUGGUGCUCUCGGGCAGCAUGGAGCCCGCGUUCCAGCGGGGUGAUUUAUUGUUUUUGUGGAAUCGGAGCCCGCGGGCGGAGGUUGGGGAGAUUGUGGUGUAUAAUGUGCGAGGAAAGGAUAUUCCGAUUGUGCAUCGGGUGGUGAGGGCGUUUGGGGAUGAUGCGAGGGAUCCGAAGGAAGGGGGAGGGAAGAAGGGGAAGAGUGCGAGUGGGACGGGGAAGAAGGAGAGUGUUGCGGCUGGGGCCGUUCACUCGGAUUCCUCCUUCGUCUCUCAUAAACUCCUCACCAAGGGCGACAAUAAUAUCGCAGAUGACACUGAACUGUACGCUCGAGGGCAGGACUAUCUCGACCGCAAGGUGGACUUGGUGGGCAGUGUGCGCGGGUAUAUUCCUGCGGUGGGAUACGUGACGAUUAUGCUGAGCGAGCAUCCAUGGUUGAAGUCUGUGCUAUUGGGGCUUAUGGGAGUUAUGGUCAUUUUACAGCGAGAAUAG